GCCCGCACUGUCUUGUUAAGAAAGAAAGCUUUCAGCUCUUUCCAUAAAUCCGGUCUCCACACUCGGAAAGGCUAUUCAGUAAGCGACUCACGAAAGCCCUAAACAAGAAGAAGCAGAAACCGAAGAAAACAAGAAGCAGAUUCAAAUCAUGAGUCGUGGUAGUGGAGGAUAUGAUCGUCAUAUCACCAUCUUCUCACCGGAAGGUCGUCUUUUUCAAGUAGAAUAUGCCUUUAAGGCUGUUAAAGCUGCGGGGAUCACCUCUAUAGGUGUCCGCGGAAAGGAUUCGGUCUGUGUUGUGACUCAGAAGAAGGUCCCGGACAAACUUUUGGAUCAGACAAGUGUUACACAUCUUUUCCCUAUAACGAAGUACCUUGGCUUGCUAGCAACUGGCAUGACAGCUGAUGCUAGGACCUUAGUUCAACAAGCAAGGAAUGAAGCAGCUGAGUUUCGCUUCAAAUAUGGAUAUGAGAUGCCUAUAGAUGUUUUGGCAAAAUGGAUUGCAGAUAAAUCACAAGUGUAUACACAACAUGCCUAUAUGAGACCACUAGGAGUAGUUGCUAUGGUUUUGGGUAUUGAUGAUGAGUUUGGACCUCGACUUUAUAAGUGUGAUCCAGCUGGCCAUUUCUUCGGUCACAAGGCUACAAGUGCUGGAUUAAAAGAACAGGAGGCAAUCAAUUUCUUGGAGAAGAAAAUGAAGAAUGAUCCUUCAUUUACAUAUGAGGAAACUGUGCAGACUGCAAUUUCUGCACUGCAAUCAGUUCUACAAGAGGAUUUUAAGGCCAAUGAGAUUGAGGUUGGAGUUGUGAGGCAGGAAAGUCCAGUGUUUAGAGUGUUGUCCACGGAGGAGAUUGAUGAGCACUUGACGGCCAUAAGUGAACGCGACUGAGUCAUCAAGCAGCUGAAACUGUCCGGAUGAUUACUUGGAUUUAUGAAAGGCUGUUUAGCUUUUGUUCUCUCAUGUUUCCAUAGUUGUUUUUAACAAGCUUCUGAAGCAAUUUGCGACUGAUAAUUAUUUCAUCCUUUUUAACUUUGUCAGUUGAACAUCACUGUUGGAUAUGAGUAUGACUUUAAAGAUUAUGUGCAUCAAAACAGAGAAAGUUGAACAUUACUGUUGGAUAUGAGUAUGCCUUUAAAGAUUAUGUGCAUCAAAACAGAGGAUGCUUUCUA